AUGCGUUACACCACAUUUCAUCGCUCCCCCCUCCCCUCUCUCCCUUCCCCUCUCUUUCGGCCCCCUCCCUGCUCGUCCCCCUUCCUCCCGGGAAAAUUACGCCAAUCCGCGCUCGUUGCUGCUAGCGCGCGCCCCUUUCCAGCCCCUCCGCGCCAGGCGGUGCAUCGAAGCUCCGCCGCCAUGAACGUCGGCGGAGACUCCGCCCUCCCCUCCGCGGGAAUUCCCGCGCAGCUGCAGCAGGAGCACCCCGCGCCAGCGCGCGCAGACGCGACUCCAGCAGCAGCCGCUUCCGCCUCCGCGGCUUCCACCGCAGGCGCGGACGCGGGCGCGAGCGCGAGCGCGGGUGGAGGGGGGAAGAGUGCGCUGACGGCGCUGAACCCGGUGGUGGCGGGGCUGGCGGCGUCGCGCACGGCGCAACUGACGGACGCGGCGCGGGCGCUCAAGGCGCAAGGCGUUCCGCUGAUCGAGCUGGCUGCGGGGGAACCUGAUUUUGACACCCCUAAGGAGAUUGUAGAGGCAGGAGUGGCGGCUCUGAGGCAGGGCUUCACACGCUACGCACCCAACCAGGGCACUCUGGAGCUCAGAGCAGCCAUCUGUGAGAAACUCAAGACGGAGAACGGGCUGACCUACUCGCCAGAGGAAGUGGUGGUGAGCAACGGAGCCAAGCAGGCCGUGUUCCAAGGGGUGAUGGCCGCAUGCAGUCCGGGGGAUGAGGUCAUCGUCCCAGCGCCCUACUGGGUGUCGUACCCUGAGAUGGCUAAAGUCGUGGGAGCAACACCCGUCAUCCUCCCCACCACCACGGCCCACUCCUUCCUCCUCUCCCCCUCCGCCCUGCAAGCCGCCCUCACCCCUGCCUCGCGCCUCCUCAUCCUCUGCUCGCCCUCCAACCCCACCGGAGCCGUCUACUCCCCGGAACAGCUGCAGCAGCUGGCAGAAAUUGUAGCUCAACACCCGCGAUUACUGGUCCUAGCAGAUGAGAUAUACGAGCACAUCAUCUACCCGCCAGCUCGCCACAUGAGCUUUGCUUCGCUCCCCGGCAUGUGGGAGCGCACACUCACAGUCAACGGAUUCUCCAAGGCCUUCGCCAUGACAGGCUGGCGACUUGGCUAUCUUGCGGCUCCCAAGCCAUUUGCAGCAGCGGCCAACCGCAUCCAGAGCCAGACCACAUCGGGCGCCAGCAGCAUCGCUCAGAAGGCAGCCAUGGCAGCGUUCGAGCUGGGGCCGUGUGGGGGAGACACAGUGGCAGCGAUGGUGGCGGCAUUCAGGAGAAGGAGAGACAUGCUGGUGGCUCGCCUAGAGAAGAUAGCUGGAAUCAAUCUGGCUGUGCCCCAGGGGGCGUUCUACCUCUUCCCGGACGUCUCCUCCUUCUACGGCCGCUCGGGCCCGGGGUUUGGGCCAAUCACGGACAGCGAGUCAAUGUGCCGAUAUUUGCUGGAGAGGGGGCAGGUUGCAUUGGUUCCAGGAGAGGCUUUUGGAGCUCCUGAGUGCAUCCGAAUAUCGUAUGCGGCAGCGGAUGAAACGUACACAGUGCCGCCAGAGGCGAACGUGAGCCAAGUGCUGGAAUGCGGUUACCAGUCGAGCACCGCGACCCUGUUUGGAAUCAUAGGAGGCAUGCUGCUGGCGGCGGGCAUGGCGCUCAUCUCGGUGCUGGGCGGAUGCGUGUGCUGUGUGACCAUCCAAUACGCCCACGGACAGGCCCUCAAAGUCAGCAUCGUGUGUUACACACUCGCAUGGGUGGCAUUCUUCCUAGCGGAGGUCUGCCUCAUGUCAGGCGGAUCUCUCAACAACUAUCACAAGUCGGUGACCAACUAUCAGUACGACUACCAGCUGCGCACGUGCUACCAGCUCAAGACGUCCACCUAUAUCG